GGCUGCACGUGUCUGUGUUUGGGUACGAGAGGCCGCCGCGGGGCUGGGAAAAUAAACCGUGGGGCUCUCCCGGGCUAGGGAGCGCCAGGAGGAGCCGCCCUGCUAGUCCCGGAGAGCUUUAAAUUCUCCCACACUGGGGCCGUCCGACCGUGCAGUCUUACCUGCCAGUGUGCAGCUAGCGCAGUCUCUCUGCGCUCCCGGGAACUCUUGUCUUCUGCUUUAAGUGGGCGAUGCUGUUGCUUAAUUGCAACCUGGAGGAUGAUGGCCUCAAUAAUUUGCUGGAGACCGGAGCAUCAGUCAACUCACCCCCGGAUCCGCAUGAGCAGUCGCCUGCACACCUAGCUGCAGGUGGCGGCCUUGCUUGCUUUCUUCUCUGGCAGCUGCAAGCAGGCGCUGACCUCAACCAACAGGAUGUUCUGGGAGAAACUCCACUGCACAAGGCAGCGAAAGCUGGCAGCCUGGAAUGCCUUAGCCUCCUUGUGGCCAGUGAUGUCCGGAUCGACUUAUGUAAUAAGAACGGGCAAACAGCUGAAGAUCUUGCUCGGUCGUGUGGAUUUCCAGAAUGUGCCAGGUUUCUGACGACGAUUAAAUGGAUGCAGACGGCCAAGUCAUCGUGUGCUCCCUGUGCUCCAGUGCUCAGACAGAAGCGAAGUGUGACGAGCGCGGAGAGCAGAGCUCUGAAGAGGAGGUGUUGGUAAGGACCUUCCAGCGGCUCCUUUCUCUCUCCUUUACGGAUUCUCUUCUGGCAGAGAUUACUGUUGCACUUACUAUCAGCAGCACUCUAGUUGAAGGUCCAGUAGACUUUUCUUCAAGUUUCACCCUGGGUCAUAGUUACUACUUGCUAGCUUCUAGAGACCAAAAUUUGUCCUGUGUGGUAGAAAUUUGGGGAGAGACCGUCUCCUUUUAAAAGUUUUUUUUUAAAGGUUAUGUGCAUGUGUGUGUAUAUGCACUCAUGUGCCUCUGUGUUCAAGGUUACUUGAGGAGGCCCGAAGAGGGCAUGGGAUUCCUUGGAACUGGCGUACAGGCCAGGCAGGCACGUGCAGCAUGUCUGCCUUGUUGCUUGGGUGCAGGAUCCAAACUCCAGUCCUUGUGAUUAUGCAGCAAGUACUCUUUAGCACUGAGCCAGUUCUCCAGUCCCCUUAAAAAUGUUUCUAAUGUCAGCAUGUUGUUUUCU